UGGUAGCAAACUGAACAUCUAUACUAUUAUGGUGUUUGACAAUGUCAGCUCAUGAAGCAUGUAUGUUAAGCUCACUUAAUUAGCAUGCUUUGUGGGAAACCCUGACUUCAAGAGGGCUGGACUUGGCCAUUAGUUUGGGUUCACAAUUACAAACCACUGAACAAGAUGGAUCGCUGGUGUGGCAGAGUAGCAUUAGUGACAGGAGCCAGUUCUGGUAUUGGAGCAGGGAUUGCUGCAUCACUGGUAAAGAAUGGUAUGAUAGUAUUAGGAGUAGCAAGAGAUGUGGAAAGAAUAAAGAAAUUAUCAGAUAGUCUAGGUACAACUGCUAGUGGUGGUAAACUGGUUGGUAUGAAAUGUGAUGUUACUAAUGAAGAUGAUAUCAAGAGUGUAUUUAGUUAUGCUAAAGAUCAGUUUGGUGGUAUUGACGUGUGUGUCAAUAAUGCUGGAUUAUCUCAUUCCUCUUCUUUAUUAACUGGUGAUACUAAAGAAUGGAGGAACAUGCUUGAUGUCAUGAUUUUGGCUCCUUGUAUCAUAACAAGAGAAUUCAUG